AUGCGAGAAGCAUUAUUACUUUAUACGAUAUGGAUUGGGUAUAUUAUGGGUAAAGUUCCUAGAGAAUAUGAAGAAGUUGAUGAAUCGGAAAUGAUGGUAUUCACGGUGAAGCAGCCGAAUCAUUUAGCUUACACUUAUCAAAUGAAGCAUGCUUAUAUGCUGGGAUCACUUUUCAAUUUGCCGCCAAAUACUACAAUUAGGAACCUCGAGCUCGUCAAAGCGGAGCCCUACAAUGCUUGCCGACGAAUUGUCAACGUGGCAAAUCGACCAUUGGCGUAUUUAGUGGCGAGAGGGGAUUGCUCGUUUAGUCAAAAAGCGGAAAAUGUUGAAGAAGCUGGCGGAAAGCUGAUGAUGAUAUCGGAUACAUCGUUGAGCAAACCGCAAGACUUCAUCAACAUGCUGCCGGAUUCAUCGUUGAAAUCUGCCGGAAUUCCUUGCGUCUAUAUCAGCUCCAUUACGGGUCACUACUUCCGCGAGCACCUCGAAUACUAUGACGAUCCAAUUAUUAUGGAUAUACCGGUUGCCAAAUCGACAAGCUUCUGGCUUAAUCAUCAGCGUCGCGCUCCGUGGGAAUUAUGGCCAGAAGACUCGUGGUUCAUUUAA